CCUUGUUUAAUGUAAUGUAGAUACCUACAACCUACUAAGUAUCUACUGACUCAUCUCCGAAUUUCUGGAUCUCUCUCUCCGAAUUUCCCAACCUUCGAUUCUUCUGGUUGAAAGUCCCCAAAACUUUUCAAGCUUCAAGUAUCACCCUCAUUACCUCUAGUCAAAUUUUCGACAAAGCAAAGCACAACCCUCGAUCACAACCAUGACGAACAGUGUCACAAAUAGUACUUCGGUUCCUACCAAUGGCACAUCUUUGCCUUCCUCUUCCAAGUCCGAAUUCGUCGUCAAGACGGGACUGGCGCAGAUGUUAAAGGGCGGUGUCAUCAUGGAUGUGACAGACGCAGCCCAAGCACGCAUCGCCGAAGAAGCCGGCGCUUGUGCUGUCAUGGCUCUGGAGCGUGUUCCGGCCGACAUCCGGGCGGAGGGUGGCGUGGCACGCAUGUCCGAUCCGGGAAAGAUCAAGGAGAUCCAGGACGCCGUGACCAUUCCCGUUAUGGCCAAGGCACGCAUCGGCCACUUUGUCGAGUGCCAGAUCCUGGAGGCGCUGGGUGUUGACUACAUCGACGAGAGCGAGGUCUUAACACCCGCCGAUGAUACGUACCACGUCGAGAAGAGUGGAUUCAAAGUUCCCUUUGUUUGUGGGUGUAGGAACUUGCCCGAGGCGUUAAGGCGCAUCGCCGAGGGAGCUGCCAUGAUCCGCACCAAGGGCGAGGCAGGUACUGGUGAUGUCGUCGAGGCUGUAAAGCACAUGCGCACCGUCAACCGCGAUAUUGCGAGAGCGAGAGCUACUCUUCAGGAGGGCGGGGAUCUGGCUAUCAGGGCUUUAGCGAGAGAGUUCGAGUGCGAUGCUGCGCUUCUGAAACAAACGGCAGAAUUGGGACGCUUACCGGUGGUUAACUUCGCCGCCGGCGGAGUGGCGACCCCGGCAGAUGCUGCGUUGAUGAUGCAAUUAGGCUGCGAUGGUGUCUUCGUCGGUAGUGGUAUAUUCAAGUCUGGAGAUGCUGCUAAGAGAGCGAAGGCGAUUGUCAGAGCUACGACGCACUACCAAGAUCCGAAAGUGCUAGCCGAGUGCAGUGAAGGUCUCGGUGAGGCGAUGGUUGGCAUCAGCGUAAGCAGCAUGAGGCCCGAGCAAAAGAUGGCUGGGAGGGGAUGGUGAUUGAAUUUAUGGUAGGAGAGGAAUCCUAAAUUUCAACAAUCAAAUGCAAAUGUCGUGAUUGGAUUGGUCUACCAAUUUAAACUACGCCUCCAGGACUCGCUAUAAUAUAUCCCAGUCUAUAUAUUACGCAGGGACGCAAACAUAUCUAUCUAAGUAACUAGUAUAUUAUUAACAAAGCUGCUGCUACAGAUUCGGGCUCCCAAGUUUAGCAAUAGCCACCGCAUGAACCUGAUUACUUCAAGCUGGCAAAUCGCCCCAAAUCAAGUCACUCAGGGUCUUGUUAGGAGUAAAAUAUUGCUCCAAACAGGGAUCCGCGCGGAUGAUCAAGUCUGCAACCAUACGACCGAAGACAGCGCCACCAUGCGGAUUUAAAUGUGUCGUGUCCGACAUGUCUGCGCCGUAAUUAAAUUCUCGAGCGGCCUUUUUCCCUAUGGCAUUAAUGUACUUCAAGCUUGCUUCGUUGAGGUCGAUUAUAGUUGAACUUGUGGCCUUAGCCGCCGCAAUGGCAGCUAGGCGCUGGUCGUGAAGCGAGUCCGUGGCAUUGUGGUCCUGACCGGAGGGGAAGACGCGGCGUGUAAGCGAAGACGUAAGAAGCUAGGGAAGUCAUACGUUAGUGACAACCUUGAAGCGUUUCUUCUCUCUUUUCUUCCCUACUCCCUUCUCGUUUUCUUCUC